ACCAAUUUGAAACUUGCUUCAUGUGUGGUGUCAAAUGCUUAGAUCACAGUCAAUACAACGUCUCUUGUGAACAGUUUGAAAAAUAGAAUCUUGCUGAAACUUUGUGAAAAAUAUUUGUGAAGGAAGGAACUUGAAAAUGGAAAAUAACGUGGACUUCACAUCUAAUGAGGCGAUCGAUGCAAUCAAGUUGUGGGAUAAAACAGUAGAGUUAGUUGCUUUUGUGCAAAAGGUGAUUCCUCGAAGAUUGUCCGGGAAAACGGAAUUGCUUAAAUUCUAUUUAAGCAACAAUUCAGGAAAAAUAAUACAAUGUGUAAUAUGGGGCACAGAAGAAAUUAAUGAAUUAGAGGAACAUAUCUGUGAAGCUAAUAUACUACACAUUGAUGGAGCAUGUUCUCGAGCACCCACGAAAGAAGAGUAUAACAAAGGAAAUGUUAAUUACGAAUUACAGUUGUUUUCGACAACUGUUAUUAAUGUUCUUGGGGCACAUAACAUUCCAGAAAUACAAGAAGAGGAAAAUGAAAUCCCCGAUGUUGAACUGUGUGACAUCAUUCAUCAUGAAAACAACGUAAUAAGGCUUUAUGCUUAUAUUAAAAGCAAAUUCGUAAGCCAAAGCUUUGGAAUUAAUCGGCAUUUUGGCACCUAUGGCUGUGGCUCAGUCACUGAUGGAAAUUUUAAAAUGGAAGUUAGGAUUGUUUCCUUUCAAAAUACUUUGACCUGCAAAAAAUGUCAUCCAGUGUAUCUUACUGGAAAAGUGAGAAAUCAAGGACCAAGAAUUUUCUUGCAAUUGAACACCGAAGCAGACAUUGAAGUUACAGAUGCUCCUCCUCUUCCACUCAAAGAUAUUCUAAUGGGAUAUCGGGAAUUGAAAAGAGUGAAUGAUGACCAAAUGGAAAGAGAAAACCCCGCACAAAGAAAUUAAAAAAUUUAUUUUAUUAUUUUCCAAAGAUAAUUUAAUUACGAUUAUAAUAAUGAUCUCAAUAGCAAGAAAUGCUCAAAAUGUGAAAACGAGUAUUGAAAAGUUAUUAAAAAAAAUUUAUCUAUCAAGUUUAUUGUAAAAAAUUCUUCAAAUUUAUUCAAUUGACCUUAAUUUCAUUUCGUUUUUUUGAAAAAUAAGUUUAUUUAGACGUUAAAAUUAUGAAUAUUUUUUACAUUCAUAACA